AAGUGGUGGUGGCCGAGAGUGUAGUCGUAAUAAAGAAACUUCUGCAGACCCAACCCAACGAACACAAGGAAAUAAUAGUUCACAUGGCAAAAUUAAUGGAUUUCAUCACUGUCCCCCAGGCGCGAGCCUCCAUUCUCUGGCUCCUCGGUGAAUACUCAGACAGAGUGCCAAAAAUUGCUCCCGACGUUCUUCGAAAAAUGGCAAAGAGCUUCGUAAAUGAAAAAGAUAUCGUGAAACUUCAAACUCUCAAUCUUGCUGUGAAACUGUGCCUCAAUAAUCCAGAACAAACAAAAUUAUUCUGUCAAUAUGUAUUCCAACUGGCCAAGUACGACCAAAACUACGACAUAAGAGAUAGAGCCCGAUUUCUACGUUCGUUUAUAUUCGAGGAGAAUGGUAAUACCGACAAAAAGCUUCCAGAACACGCAAAGAGGAUUUUCUUCACCCCUAAACCAGCCCCGACGUUGACAUCCCGAGUCAAAGGCUCCCAGUAUCAACUGGGAACACUCUCACAUUACUUGGACAUGUCCUGUUCAGGCUAUAAACCACUCCCAGAUUACCCUGAAGUUCCACCAGAUCCAUCAGUGCGUGACGUAGCAGAGCCAAUACCAACUCAAGAGCCAAGAGAGAAAUGUCAUGGGCGAAAAGAUAAAAAGGAGAAGAAAAUCAAGGAAAAAGCUUUCUACAGUGAUGAAGAAAGUUCUCCAGCGGAAUCAGAAGAGUCGGAGGGAUCUUCUGAGACAUCCUCGAGUGAAUCUUCAGAGAAUUCAGAUUCAGAUUCUGCAGAAUCUAGUUCAGAUGGUGAAAAAUCGGAGGAAAAGACUCAGAGAAAGAAAAACGUCAAGUCUGAAACGUCAGAGAGUCAAUCAGAGAGCGAAGAGUUAGAUUCUGAGGAGAGUGGGUCUUCUCGAAGUGAACCUGAAUUAAAGAAGCCUAGUGUUAAAAUUAAGAACGAAACUGUCAAGGAAAAGGCGAAGAAUAAUUUAGAUCUACUUCUAGAGCUUGAUGACAUUGUGCCCAUGACACCAAUGAUGACCCCGAGUCUUGGAGGCUUCCUUACGCCAAUGAAUUUUCCUAUAGGCAAUGUUAAUGGAAUCAGAGAGGUCUCAGCUACUUUCAUACCAGUUGAGAGAACAGAAAUUGUUAAUAAAAUCACUGGGAAGGGUUUGAAAGUUGAAUCGAGGUUUACUAGAUCCCAACAUCUUGUUAGCUCGAAUCUCACCAGUGUCGAGCUGACCUUUACAAAUUGUGGUAAUCAUACCAUCAAUAAUAUUCGUGUUGGGAAUAAGAAUUUAUCGUCUGGAAUGUCCAUGCACGAUUUUUCAACGAUUCCUACGCUUCAACCAAAUAUGAAUUGUUCUUCUGUACUUGGAGUGAAUUUCAAUGAUUCUAUGCAGCCUGCUAACUUCAACAUUGAGUUCAUCAUAGAUGACGAGAUACAUUCAGUUCCUGUUAGUUUGAAGGCACCAAUUGGGGAGAUUGUUAGGGCUGUCAAAUUACCAGAAAAUAUGUUCAUCGCUGAGAAAGAAAAAUUAAAAGGCAUGAAUGAACAUUGUUCAAAGAUCAAGUUUUCAGGGACGAAGAAACAUUUGCUGCAGAAAAUUUAUCAGGCUGCCAAUAUUUCCCUAGUUUUGGACGAAUGUGAUAUAAUGAGAUUCGCUGGUCGCACGGUAACAUCGAAAUCCAUGACCUUGAUAACGAUAAAAUUCCUAGAUUCCCAGGAGUUGGAGGUAUGUAUUAACUGUGAAAAAAUGGUCAUAGGCUCAAUGUUGUUGAACGAAAUCAAGAGUAACUUGCUGCAAUAAAAAUGCAAUUUAAAUUUUUUUCAAAGAGUAAUUUUUUGUUUUUAAAGAGUUUUUAAAGAGCCUCCAGUCCAUCUCUCAUUUCACUGAAAUUUUACAUAUUGGAAAGGACUGUAUAUUACAUACAGAAAAAAUACUCUAUAAUAUUACAACAUUAUGAAAAUUAUUUUUUUCUAAUAAAUUCAUAAAAUCAAUUAA